UGCAGGAGUAUAUACCACUCCAUGUGUAUACUCUUUGGGGUAUGCUUAAAUUAAAGUGUGAACAAGUCACACCAAGAUGUUCCCUGGGGAAGUGGAAGCAUCUGAGAAACAAGAGCUUUGGAAAUCAGACUUGGGAGAGAGCAGUCAGAGCACUGCAGAAGAAAAUGAAAACGUGGAAAAGGAGAGAAUCAAAGCUGUCUUAGAUAAACUAGGUUGUCAAGACUUCGAGACACUGAAGUCCCGUAUACUCGCCUCUUCUUAUGAGAAAAAGAACAUCCCCGAGAUCUUCAGGAUUGAACUAAAGGAAACAAAUACCUCCUCUGAGCUGGUUGAUCUCUUGGUGCAACAAUAUGGGAAACGAACUAUGAUGGUGCUUGUGGAAAUUCUACGUAAAAUGCGCCGCGCUGACUUGGCUGAUGAUUUGAAGAAACUGAAACUUCAUGGGAGGCGUCCAGUUUGGACUAAUCCUUUACACUUCGGAGAUGCGAUCACCCUGAGAGACUUCUCGUUGCACAGGAACUGGACAAGGAAUGAACGGAGGGCAUUCUACAGCAAACAGCAGUAUUUUAUUGAAAUGCAUCAGGAGGAAUUGAUUCAUCGAGUCUCCAGGCUUGACGCGGUCUUACGACGCCUCCCAGUUGAGCAUUCCCAGAUAAUGGAGGGCUCUGACCAGCAGAAAAUGAAAGAGUUGUACAAACUGGUGCCAAAGUGGGACUGGAAGCAGAAGGUUCAUCUUUACACAGUCCUGAAGAAAACAAACGGACCCCUUAUUGCAGAACUUGAGGAGGGUCAUUUCGUUGAGAGGCACAAGCAGGAGUUGAUAAAAAAAGUCCCUUGGGCACGCUUGGUUGUGCAGUUCGCAUUCUGCAAACGUUUGUGUUGUGCUGUCUGUGAGAUCGCCAAGGCCAAAGAACAAAUGGAGGACCUCUACGAGAUGUUGCCUGCCUGGAAUGGAGAACUGAAGAACCAUCUCUACCAGAUGCUGAGGGUAGCAAAUGAACCUCUGAUCAAGGAGCUUGAGGGAAGGAAAAGUAGCAAAGAGGGCUUGAUUCCUGACCCUCUCGCAGAGGAGAAAUGUUACCUGUGUGAGAAAGAGAAGGACUGUCCAGAGGUGCAACCAGAUCUUGUUCUAGAUGCUGGUAGGAAGCUAAACAGAAUCCACUUCCCCAAAGCGGGCACCUUCCUUUGUGCCGUGACCGAACUCAAGUUUGAAGUAAGAGCAGCCGUGACAGUUGAAUACAAGCAUGACUCCUGGGGUCAGCACCUGAGUGAGUCUGAGAAGCGGAAUUGGAUGGUGGUUGGUCCAUUAUUUGACAUCCGCGCAGAUCCAGCAGGGGAGGUUGCAGCUGUUCACCUGCCUCAUUUUAUGUGCCUCAGAGCUGGAAAUAUUGACACCUCCAGGAUGAAAAUCGCCCAUUUCAUUGAUGCUGGGAUAAGCCUGGAGGAGCCAUCCCGGGUCAGUCCGUUUCAUGCUGUGUUGGAAAAUCCCAAAUUCUCCUUGCUGGGUUUGCUGAUUAAACCCAUCUUCAACAAGUUCUUCCCUAUCCAUUCUGUGGUCCAGCUUUAUCAGACGCGCAAGAAGACCACGACGCUCCAUCUCUACCUGAUUCCCAAUGAUACAUCCUUGAUAGAGGCCACCAAAGUUCAGGAGGAGAGAUUCCACUCAAGGCAGGUGUGGAAACACCCUCAGACAGACGAGCCCUUAUACAUUGGCUCUCGCUAUCAAGUAUCCAGCUCAGCAGAACUCACAAUAAAUCCAAAGGAACUGGAGCUUUCCUAUAAGUACCCAGAACAGCUGCAGUCCUUUGCGGAAGUCUAUCUUGGAAACAGAGAGAGAGUAAACCUUCACUUGAAAAAGAAAAACAAUCUUUGCUCCAUUUGGGACGCUUUGAUGGAACAAGAAGAUUUGCCAUCAAAUUCCACUGAUGAAGAGGUGAAUCAGAAGGACCUCGAUGCUUCUGGACCAGGAACUAGGAAAAAAGUACAUGUUCCAAGGAAGACCAUGAACGACUGUCUGCUGAACACCCUGGAGAACUUAAGGGAGUAUGAACUCAAGAGGUUCAAGAGUAAACUUAAUGAGUUCCACAUUGAGGGCUACCAAAAUAUUCCUCAAAGGAAGCUGGAGACAGCAGAUGCAUUAGACCUCAGUAAACAGCUGAUCAGCAACUACAAGAAAGAUUGUGCUGUGGAUGUGGUCAUUUGCGUGCUGGAAGCCAUCAAUCUCAAUCAAGAGGCAGACAAUCUCCGUGCUGCUGCUGGAAUCACAACGAAGUCAUCUUCCUCUGCCAGGCUUCAGAGUAUGAGAAAAAUAUCUGGUUCAGCACCAACUAGAGAACAAUCUCAUUCUCAGCUAGCCAAAGAGGAUCUGGAGAAAGAAAUGGCAUCAGGAACUGCCAGCAGAGGGUCAUUGGACUCGGUGAUGGUGAUCCGCAAGGGGAGGAAACAUAUAACUGAAAUCAUUGAGAAGGAUCUCAGAUAUGUUUUAGAUGAGUUAUUCUCUCAGUCCGUCAUCACAGAGAAAGAACAUGAGGACUUAUACAAAAUGGAAGAGGAUUCUAAUAAUAAAAGUCGAAGAUUGCUGCUUCUGAUACAGAGAAAAGGGGAAGCAGCCUGUGGCCUGUUCUUGGAAUGUUUGGAAAUUGUAUAUCCAGGUUCAAAUCAUGCUGUGCGGUGUUCAAUUAAUGGUCAAGAUCAAAAUCCAGUACAGACCAUUGCCCACUUGGAGCUGCAAUCAGAAUCCAGUCCAGGAGCCAUUUCUCAUCUGAUUUCUGUUCCUCACUACCUCCUCUGGAAGGCCAACCAUCCACAAACUUCCACGUCCACUGUGCUUUUUGCUCACAAGUCCUCUGCUUCAAGUUCCAAGUCAUCCAUGCUGCAACUGGUGGCUUCUGAAGUGCUCCCAUGUUCAGUAUCUUUGGAGUCUAAGGCCUUAGCUAGACCUAAGGUUUCUCCCGGAUUGUCCCGGUGUCAUCCCUGUUCAUGUAAAUGACACACAGGGGAUCCAGGGAGCAGGCAGGGAUGACCCCGGGA